AUGGGAGCUAACCGUGCAUCGAAGGAGAACUGGUUCAGCCGCCUGAACGAGCUCAUUGACACCAACACGUCGAUCUUCGUGGUGAACGUGGACAACGUCAGUUCGCAACAGAUGCACCAGAUCCGUCAAGCCCUGCGUGGACAGGCUACAGUGCUCAUGGGUAAGAACACCAUGGUGCGCCGUGCUUUGCGCCAGGUGAUCUCGGAGCGCCCAGAAUUUGAGCGCUUGAUGCCACACGUGCGCGGAAACGUUGGUUUCGUGUUCACGUCGGCUGACCUGAAGGAGGUCCGUGACAAGGUGAUUGAGAACCGUGUGGCUGCCCCUGCUCGUGCUGGUGCCUACUCCCCUGUGGACAUCUUCGUGCCGGCUGGUAACACUGGUAUGGAACCCGGUAAGACGUCGUUCUUCCAGGCUCUUGGUGUGCCGACGAAGAUUGCCCGUGGUACCAUUGAAAUUGUGUCGGAUGUCAAGGUCGUUGAGGCCGGCAACCGUGUCAGUCCAUCUGAGUCGGCCCUGCUCAACCUGCUGAACAUCUCUCCAUUCACGUACGGUAUGACUGUGGUCCAGAUCUUCGACAACGGCAAUGUUUUCUCGAGCAGCGUGCUCGACGUGACCGAGGAGGAGCUUGUUGGUCGCUUCACGCAGGCUGUCCAACAAAUUGCCUCGAUCUCGCUUGCCCUCAACUACCCGACGAUCGCCUCGGUCAUGCACUCGUUUGUCAACUCGUACAAGAACGUGCUGGCCAUCUCGCUCGCUACUGACUACGAGUACGAGGGUUCAGCUAAGCUGAAGGAAAUGCUUGCAAACCCUGAGGCGUUCGCUGCCGCUGCUGCCGCUGCUGCGCCUGCUGCCGAUGCUGGCGAGGCUGCCCCGGCUGCCGAAGAGAAGAAAGAGGAGCCUGAGGAAGAGUCGGAUGGUGACAUGGGCUUUGGUCUCUUCGACUAA